ACUGUAAAUGCACUAGAUGAUCAAUUAACUUGAACUAAUUAAGUAUUUUGUUGAGGCCUUGAAUUGAAGUUAUUCAUUUUCUAAAGGUUUGUAGAGUAAGGAGUUAUUUUACACACGCAGAUGACCGGGUGACACCUGAUAACACUCCUGUGAGUGUGUUAUGACAGAUUAAACAUUAAUUUAUCUACCACUAAUGCCCUCCUACCAAUGGAAAGGUGUUAAACCUCCACUUGACAAACAAGCUCCUAUCGAACACUUCCAGCCUGUGUGUUGCACCAACACCUGUGACUGAAGAUGAGCUCCGGGUUCGGGCAGGUACUGACAGCGGUCGGGGAGUUCGGAACAUUCCAGAAGCAAAUGUUGGCUGCGAUAUGCUUCCCGAACAUCUUCAACGGGUUCCACAUGUUCUGUCAGGUGUUUACCGGGAUGAACUUCCCUCAUCACUGUAACACAGACUGGAUCAGGACGCAGGGACCCAACCUGACCAACGAUAGGCUGUUGAACCUCACCCUUCCACCGUUGGACGAUGGCCCUGGGUUCCAGUCCUGUAAGAUGUACACUCCGGUGGAUCUGGACUUGCAGACUAUUGAAGUGUAUGGGAUAAACAGUACCAUCUCCUGCAGGGAUGGAUGGAAGUAUGAGGCUCCCCAAGGGACCACAAGCCUGGUGACUGAGUUCAACUUGGUGUGUGCCAACAGUGGUCUGAACGAGGCGUCCCAGUCCAUCUUCAUGGCAGGGCUCCUGAUCGGUGCUCUGGUGUUUGGGCCAAUGGCAGACAGGUAUGGUAGGCGUUUUGUGGUCCUCCUCUCUUUGCUCGUCCAGCUGUUGUUCAGCGUGGGAGCAGCCUUCUCUCCCAACAUCUAUGUUUACAUAGCCUUCAGAUUCAUGGUCGGCACCACCAUCUCAGGCGUCGCUAUAAACACGUAUGUCUUAGGUGCUGAGUGGACUGGUAACAACAAAAGGGCUCUGUUCACCAUCUUCUCCCACUGUUUCUAUGCCAUUGGUCUGAUGCUGAUGUCUGGGAUCGCCUACGGGGUCAGAGACUGGAGGAUCCUACAGCUGGUCCUAUUCAGCCCUGUCCUGUUCCUCGGGGUAUUCUACUGGGUCCUCCCAGAGUCAGCUCGGUGGCUGAUGACCCAGGGCCGAAAGGAGGAGGCUCGCCAGGAGGUCUGCAGAGCAGCGAGAGUCAACAGAAGGGAGGUCCCUGAAGCCCUGCUGGACAAGCUGGAGGAGGAGGGCUCGACCAAGACGGGCAGUAUGUUGGACCUCUUCAGGAUCCCCUACUUGAGAAAACGGGCUCUCAUU